ACCUGCCAGCUCUUUCACACACCUCCCAAAAGAGAGCCGUGAACCAUGUCUUCCGAGCCGGACACCAAGAUCAUCGACCUCAUUCAGGCUAGCGCCAAGGAGGCGCUGACGGAGGGCGGCGCUGGCUUCCAGUCGCUCGAGUUUUUUCCUCCGCGGACGGACACGGGCGUCAUGAACCUCAUGGACCGGCUGGGCCGCAUGAAGGCGACCAAGCCCCUGUUCGUCGACUUCACCUGGGGCGCGGGCGGCAGCACCGCCGACCUCACCCUCGACCUCACCACGAGGACCAAGAAGGAACAUGGCCUGGUGCCCAACAUGCACCUCACGUGCACCAACAUGCCCGUCGACAAGAUCGAUCACGCCCUGGCCCAGUGCAAGGAGCACGGCAUCCGCAACAUCGUGGCGUUGAGGGGAGACCCUCCCACGGGCUCCGACACCUGGGAGGCUGCUGAGGGAGGAUUCACCUGCGCGCUCGAUCUCGUGAAGUACAUCCGGAAGAAUCACGGUGACUACUUCGGCAUCAGCGUGGCGGGAUACCCGGAGGGGCACCCGAACAGGAUAAAGGAGGUGCCGGGAGGGGUGGAGUCGCUGAGCGAGGCGGAGAAGGGUCGGUGCAAGAUCUCCCAAGACGCGGAGGGAAAGGAGGUGGUCACCGUCUGCUCUGACGCUGACUUCGAGAUAGAGAUGAACUACAUCAAGGAGAAGGUGGACGCGGGGGCGGACUUCAUCAUUACUCAAAUGUUCUUCGACCCCGCCGUCUACGCCUCGUACAUCAAGGCCUGCCGAGACAGGGGCAUCGAAGUGCCGGUGGUGCCAGGGCUGAUGUGCAUCAACGCGUACGGGGGUUUCAAGAAGAUGACCGGCUUCUGCCUCACCCGAGUCCCGCCGGAGCUCAUGGCAAAGAUGGAGGAGAUGAAGGAGGACGAGAAAGCCGUGAAGGCUUUCGGGGUAGACUACGGCGAGAAGAUGUGCAACGCGUUGUUGGCCGCGGGGGCUCCCGGCCUGCACUUCUACACGCUCAACCUGGAGAAGGUUACCGUCGGCAUUCUGGACCGCCUGAACCUACUCGCAGACUACAAGAUGGCGGAGAGGGAAGAAGACACCGCACAGAUGAUCGGCAUGAUCAAGUCGUCCAAGAAAUCGCCGGAGGAGAGCGGUCCUGAGAACGGCGCGGGCGUCACGCCAGCUGCUCCUUCUUCCCUCGUACAGACCCGUGACGAGGAGAGGGUGCUGACCCCCGCGUAAUCGCAUGCGGCGGUCGGGCGCUACGGGUUGUGACGCAAUACUGCCUUGUUGGUAGAAUCUUUGAAAGGA